AUGUAUUUAAAUACUAAUUUUCAUCAUCCAAACCUGUGCUUCCCAAUUCAACCUCCAAGUAGUUGCUCUUCCGAAGCCUUACAAAUCUCAGUCCAGGGAAAUGAACUCAUCUUCUCCAAACCCAGCAGUCCCAACGACAAGGUCUCAAUCUCGUUUCAUAGAACUUUAAGAAUUCCAAUGGACGGAAAGGUGUAUCCAUUACCACCAAGCUUGGGUAAAUUCCCAAUCAAAAAAGUAGAUGAUUAUUUGCAUUCUGUACCUGAAUCUUGGAGAAAACACGGUGGAGUGUUUAUUCCGCUAUAUCAGAGAGAGGCCAUGUGGAUGAACUUUUCAAAUACCUCUCCUGAGUAUCCUCAUGCUUUGAAGAUUGGUGUUGGAAAAGUAAAUGCCUUAUCAGGGGAAGGGUGGGAUGAAAGUAUGAAGCAAAGAAAUGUUCAAGAUUAUUGUGUGACUCCAAAACAACCAUGGUUAGAUGGAAUUAAUAAUGGAAAUGGUACCAUUCGUCAAUUUGUGGCCAUGCCUUUGGGAGGAGGGUAUACGGUGGAAGGCCAGGUAACUGGUGAAGAAGAACAUGGUGGCCUUCAAAUUGUUUGCUACAGCGCGAACGAACAAAAAAGAAUUCAAAAGUAUGGUCGUCCUCAGACCAUGUUAUGUGACAUGAUGGAAUUGAAAUCAUGUGCUCCUAGUUGCUCCUCUGUACAGAAAAAGAAGAAGAAGGAAUGUGAAAUGGGUCUGGCUGCUGGUGGAACGAUGAAACAAACAAUUUUUGAGGACAAACUUGGAUAUAAUUUUUGGGAUGAAUCAUCAAAGGCAAGAGUAUUCGUGCACAUUGUGAACAGUGAAAUGUACAAACAGAUUACAGGAGAAAAUGCACCUGCUUGCCCAAUAUCAGCCAAGACAUACACCCAAUACAAAUAUCCAUGGUAUGACUAUUAUUCUGAAGGAUCUCACAUUGAGAAGAGCAAUAUUUUGAAUAAUAAGGUCAAAACGAUCAACCAAAUUGACAAGCAAAAAUACAAAUGGCCCUUGCAAGACACAACCACAAUACCCAUCUCGAAUGUGAAAGUGAUCAAAUCUAAUGAAGUCAGAGAUGGUGACUGGUAA